AUGGCUACUCUUGAUUCUCCGACUCCUCAUGUUUCGGUCAAUUCUACAUCGACUGAUUAUGUUUCAGUUAAUUCCACAACAUUUAAUACCACAUUAUAUGAUUUAAGUGAUACUGAGGAACAUAGGAUAGAUAGCAAGAAGAAGGAUAGUAAGAAAAAAGAUAGUAAGAAAAAAGAUAGUAAGAAAAAAGAUAGUGAGAAAAAAGAUAGUGAGAAAAAAGAUAGUAAGAAAAAAGAUAGUAAGAAAAAAGAUAGUAAGAAAAGAUAUAGUUCCGAUACUUUGAACGAAUUUGACAAAGAGUGGGGGAUGAUAUAG